GUGACCGGUAGACUCUGAUCCUUCUACCAAACCUUCCGUGCCAUGGUGGAAUUUAUCCCUUCAAAUUGAAACCACCUGAGGAAGAAGCAGGAGCCUGACUGAACUGAAGAAAAUGGCUGAGCAUGGGGAGUCCUCCGAGGAUCGGAUUUCUGAGAUUGAUUAUGAAUUUCUCCCUGAGCUCUCUGCUCUUCUCGGGGUGGAUGCAGUUCAGCUGGCAAAGAGCCAAGAAGAAGAAGAGCAUAAAGAACGGAUGAAAAUGAAGAAAGGUUUUAACUCACAGAUGCGCAGUGAAGCCAAACGACUAAAGACCUUUGAGACCUAUGACACGUUCAGAUCAUGGACGCCACAGGAGAUGGCAGCUGCUGGGUUUUACCACACAGGGGUGAAACUUGGGGUUCAGUGCUUUUGCUGUAGCUUGAUCCUCUUUGGCAAUAGCCUCAGGAAGCUUCCCAUAGAGAGACACAAGAAAUUACGUCCAGAAUGUGAGUUCCUUCAGGGAAAAGAUGUUGGUAACAUUGGCAAGUAUGACAUCCGGGUGAAGAGUCCAGAGAAGAUGCUGAGAGGUGGCAAAGCCAGGUACCAUGAAGAGGAGGCCAGACUGGAGUCCUUUGAGGACUGGCCAUUUUAUGCCCAUGGGACAUCACCACGUGUACUCUCAGCAGCUGGCUUUGUCUUUACAGGUAAAAGGGACACUGUGCAGUGUUUUUCCUGUGGCGGAAGCUUGGGCAACUGGGAAGAAGGAGAUGACCCCUGGAAGGAGCAUGCCAAGUGGUUCCCCAAAUGUGAAUUUCUUCAAAGUAAGAAAUCUUCAGAGGAAAUUGCCCAGUAUAUCCAAGGCUAUGAGGGAUUUGUUCAUGUAACGGGAGAACAUUUUGUGAAUUCCUGGGUCAGAAGAGAAUUACCUAUGGUAUCAGCUUACUGCAACGACAGCGUCUUCGCUAAUGAAGAACUAAGGAUGGACACGUUUAAGGACUGGCCCCACGAAUCACCUGUGGCUGUUGAUGCUUUGGUCAGAGCUGGCCUUUUCUACACAGGCAAAAAGGGCAUUGUCCAGUGUUUUUCCUGUGGAGGAUGUAUGGAGAAGUGCACAGAAGGUGACGACCCAAUACAAGAGCACAACAAGUUUUUUCCCAACUGUGUAUUUCUCCAAACCCCGAAGUCCUCUGCAGAAGUGAUUCCAGCCCUUCAGAGCCACUGUGCACUUCCAGAAGCCAUGGAAACCACAAGUGAAAGCAACCACGAUGAUCCAGCAGCAGUUCAUUCUACAGUGGUGGGCUUGGGUAGGAGUGAAGCCCAGUGGUUUCAAGAGGCCAGGAGUCUGAGUGAGCAGCUAAGAGACAACUACACUAAAGCCACUUUUCGCCACAUGAACUUGCCAGAAGUGUGCUCCAGCCUUGGCACUGACCACUUGAUCGGCUGCGAUGUGUCCAUCAUUUCAAAGCACAUCAGCCAGCCUGUGCAAGGGGCCCUGACGAUCCCUGAGGUCUUCUCCAAUCUCAGCUCUGUCAUGUGUGUGGAGGGGGAAACUGGCAGUGGAAAGACAACCUUCCUGAAGAGGAUAGCUUUUCUCUGGGCAUCAGGAUGCUGCCCCUUGUUGUACAGGUUCCAGCUGGUCUUCUACCUCUCCCUUAGUUCCAUCACACCAGACCAGGGACUGGCCAACAUCAUCUGUGCCCAACUCCUAGGGGCAGGAGGCUGCAUUAGUGAAGUGUGUCUGAGCAGCAUCAUCCAGCAGUUACAACACCAGGUGCUGUUCCUGUUGGAUGACUACAGUGGGCUGGCCUCACUCCCCCAAGCCCUACAUACACUGAUUACAAAAAACUACUUGUCACGGACCUGCUUAUUGAUCGCUGUGCAUACAAACAGGGUCAGGGGCAUCCGCUCAUACCUAGAUACGAGUCUAGAGAUCAAAGAGUUUCCCUUGUCCAAUACUGUCUAUAUAUUAAAGAAGUUCUUCUCCCAUAAUAUAAAACGUCUACUAGAGUUUAUGGUUUAUUUUGGACAGAAUGAAGAUUUACAGGGAAUUCACAAGACCCCCCUCUUCGUGGCAGCAGUAUGUACUGACUGGUUUGAAAAUCCAUCUGACCAGCCCUUUCAGGAUAUGGCACUUUUCAAGUCCUACAUGCAAUACCUGUCCUUAAAGCACAAAGGUGCAGCUAAGCCUCUCCAAGCCACCGUGUCCUCAUGUGGGCAGCUGGCCUUGACAGGGCUUUUCUCAUCAUGCUUUGAGUUCAAUAGUGAUGACCUGGCAGAGGCAGGAGUUGAUGAAGAUGAAGAGCUCACCACCUGCUUGAUGAGCAAAUUCACCGCCCAGAGACUGAGGCCAGUCUACCGGUUUUUAGGUCCGCUGUUCCAGGAGUUUCUUGCUGCCAUGAGACUGACUGAACUUCUGAGUUCAGAUAGGCAGGAAGACCAAGAUCUGGGACUUUAUUAUUUGAGACAAAUUAACUCACCCUUGAAGGCUUUGACCACCUACAACAAUUUUUUGAAGUAUGUCUUUAGCCAUCCGUCAUCAAAGGCAGGGCCAACAGUUGUAUCUCAUUUGCUUCACUUGGUGGAUGAGACAGAGUUGCUGGAGAAUACCUAUAAAAAUGAGGAUUAUGUAAAUCACCCUCCAGGAACUUCCCGAAUAAUGAAGGGACUUAAGGAACUGUGGCUGUUAUCUCCUGAAUAUUACUCUUCAUUUGUUUCAGAACAUUUAUUGCGCAUUGCUCUAAACUUUGCUUAUGAAAGCAACACUGUUGCUGAAUGUUCUCCAUUUAUUUUGCAGUUCCUUAGAGGGAGAACACUGGCUUUGAAAGUACUGAAUUUACAAUACUUUAGGGACCACCCAGAAAGCCUGUUACUGGUGAAGAGUUUAGAAGUCUCGAUAAAUGGAAAUAAAGUGCCAAAAGUUGUAGAUUAUUCAGUCAUGGAAAAAAGUUUUGAAACAUUACAGCCACCAACUAUAGAUCAGGACUAUGCAUCCGCCUUUGAACAAAUGAAGGAACAUGAAAAAAAUUUAUCUGAAAAUGAAGAGACCAUAAAGAGUAUUAAGAACAUCUUCCCCUUACAGCCACCUAAAAUAAGCUCUGGCUAUUGGAAACUGUCCCCCAAGCCAUGCAAGAUCCCUAGGCUGGAAGUUGGAGUGACCAACAUGGGUCCAGCAGAUCAAGCACUGCUCCAGGUCCUCAUGGAAGUCUUCUCAGCUUCACAGAGUAUUGAGUUCCGUUUAUCCGACAGCAGUGGCUUCCUUGAAAGCAUCCGCCCAGCUCUGGAGCUGAGUAAGGCCUCUGUCACCAAGUGUUCCAUGUCCAGGCUGGAGCUCAGCAGAGCAGAACAGGAGCUGCUUCUCACCCUGCCUGCCCUGCAGUCUCUCGAGGUCUCAGAGACAAACCAGUUACCAGAUCAGCUCUUCCAUAACUUGCACAAGUUCCUGGGCCUGAAAGAACUGUGUGUGAGACUAGAUGGCAAACCGGAUGUGCUCUCAGUCCUUCCUGGAGAGUUCCCAAACCUCCUUCACAUGGAGAAGUUAUCCAUCCGAACCUCCAUGGAGUCUGACCUCUCCAAACUAGUUAAAUUGAUUCAGAACUCUCCAAAUCUCCAUGUUUUCCAUCUGAAAUGUGAUUUCCUUUCGAAUUGUGACUCUCUCAUGGCUGUGCUUGCUUCCUGCAAGAAACUCAGAGAGAUUGAGUUUUCUGGACGAUGCUUUGAAGCCAUGCCCUUUGUUAACAUUUUGCCAAAUUUUAUUUCUCUGAAGAUAUUAAAUCUUAUAAGCCAACAAUUCCCAGAUAAGGAAACAUCAGAAAAGUUUGCCCAGGCUCUGGGUUCUCUCAGGAACCUGGAGGAACUGCUCGUUCCCACUGGAGACGGGAUUCACCAAGUGGCCAAAUUGAUUGUCCGGCAGUGUCUGCAGCUUCCGUGUCUCCGAGUUCUUGCCUUUCACUACAUCUUGGACAAUGACAGUGUGAUUGAAAUUGCCAGGGUGGCAACCAGUGGAGGUUUCCAGAAACUCGAGAAGUUAGAUCUUUCCAUGAAUCACAAGAUUACCGAGGAAGGAUAUAGAAAUUUCUUUCAAGCCCUGGACAACCUGCCAAACUUGCAGAAUCUGAACAUCUGCAGACAUAUCCCAGAAUGCAUUCAAGUUCAGGCCACCACUGUCAAGGCUCUGGGUCAAUGUGUGUCCCGACUGCCCAGCCUCACUAGGCUGCACAUGCUCAGUUGGCUCCUGGAUGAAGAGGACAUGAAAGUGAUUAAUGAUGUGAAGGAAAGACACCCCCAGUCCAAACGCUUGAUUAUCUUCUGGAAAUGGAUAGUCCCGUUCUCUCCUGUUGUCCUGGAGUAAAGGAUGCUCCUGAAGACUACUGAUAGUUCAGAAUACCAGAUUUCCUAAAACACUUUACUUUAGCUGGGCAUGGUGGUACACACCUGUACUUUCAACAUUUAGGACACUGAUGUGCAAGAAUCAAGAAGUUCAGACCAGAUCCAGUUUCACAGCUAAAGACACAACUAUCCAUCCUACUAAAGAAUAUUUAUUAAGUGUGCAGACUGCUAAUUUUUUUUCAGAAGUCUGCAUGCCCACUAUUGAAUUCAGUAGCUAUAUUGCUCAAUGCCUUGGCAGUCCUUAUUUGGUCUUCCUGUCUGAAGACUAGAGCCUCAGUCACGUUCAUAUAGAGAACUGUCAAUGCCAAGGUCAACAGGAAGGCGCUGGGAAAGGAACAUCGAUCUAUGUAGAAGCCACAUCCGGAAGUAGUAUUUGAUAGGUGCUGGGGUAGUGCAAGAGGAACAGCAAAACAGCUUUAGAACUCACGGAACGCAGUCUCCUGGUUAGCACAAACUCAUGGGUGGGUCUCCGAGAGAACUAUGGGUCCUGAGAGCUUCAUGGUGUCAUAGAGAUUUGCUCUGCUUGCUGCCUUCUCACUGUGUUACUCAUAAUCUAUGAGUUUUAUGAACUCUCUAGGGGGCUUAACAACCCCUCACUGGGCAGUGUCAUUGUCACUCACAGCAGCAGUGCUUGAUCUUCAAGAUCAAUGAUUCAAUCACCACCCUUGGAAAGAACUUAGAAAUGUACAUUGUUAGAAAUGACCACCAGUCUUAAGAAUUUGGAGAAGUAGAUUGUCAGUAAAGUUAGGUUAAGAUGUUUUUGUUAAUGGCUCUGAUGUUGAAAAAUCUUAGAAAUCAAAUAGAAAUUCAGAAAAGCCCACUUUUGAUUAUUGAUCAAGGGAUGUUUUCAAGAUCAGGAACAAGAACAAUGGCAGCUCAGCUAGCACUGGCUGAUGUGACUCUUGCUGAAGCUGGGCUGAUGAUCGAGGUGAUAAUUAAUGUCUUGUACCCAAUGUUCCCCUCACCUUUCUGAUAAGAUUUAAUAAAAAGUUGUCCCCG